AUGGAAGGACAAGUCUCUCCUCAACAGGAACGGCUUUCUAAGAGACAACAUCCUGGGAAGAGGUUCCAAGACGAUAUAGAGAAGGAACAGCACCCUGGAAAACGAGAUGAAGAUGAAGACACGGACUACAUAGACGUGCUAAAGAGACAGCAUCCAGGGAAAAGGGAGGACGAGUCUGAAUCCUAUAUGGAGGUGCAGAAGAGGCAGCAUCCGGGCAGAAGGUCCUUGUGGGACCAGUACACAGAUAUCCCCAGCAUUCAAGUGGCUUACCUGAGUGAGCUAUCCAAAAGACAGCACCCUGGCAAACGGUACGGGCUGCUCUUGGAGAAGCGGCAGCACCCUGGCAGGAGAAGCCUGGACGAGGAGUUGGACCUUGGGGAGCUCCAAGACUUGGAGAAGUGGCAGCACCCUGGCAAACGAUAUCUGGAUUCAGAUUCAGAAUACAGCAACCCACUUCCCUGUGAUAUCCAAGACCCUGCCACUUGCAGCAAGGCUAGUUUGUUAUUAGAGUUGCUAGAUAAUGUGAACAAGAGCAGGGCUGAAGAGAAAAGGCAACACCCCGGGAGAAGGCUUACUUUAGAAGGGGGGUUGACAGAUCUGGAGUAAAAGAAAGUGAUGCACAGAAAAAUGUGUUUGAUGGAUUGAUAGUCUGAUUGGUUUAUUUGUUUAUUAUUUAAGACCACU